CGUUGGCCUCAUCUUUUCCCUGUGUUCUAAACCGUUGUCCAUUCCCCUCUUGCCGCCUGCGCCAUGGACUCGCUAAUCGACCUCUCGGACCCGUCCAAGGCGCUGGACCUCUCGCGCAUCCGCUACCAGUUGAUCCGCCUCGAGGACACCAUCACGUUCCACCUCAUCGAGCGCGUGCAGUUCCCCCUCAAUAGGAACAUUUACACUCCCGGCGCCGUCUCGAUACCCAACAGCAGCCUAAGUUUCAUGGACUGGUACCUCGCCGAGCAGGAGAAGUUGCAGUCGCUGAUCCGCCGCUACGAGUCGCCGGACGAGGUUCCUUUCUUCCCGCAGUCGGUGCAAAAGCCCAUCCUGGAGUCGCUCGACUACCCCCGCAUCCUGCACCCCAACAACAUCAACGUCAACGACAAGAUCAAGAAGUUCUACAUUGAGAAGUUCCUCCCCGAGGUGUGCCCGGACUUCGGCCACGGAGACAGGGGCGUGUCGCAAGAGAACUACGGAUCCUCGGCCACGUGCGACAUUGCCUGCCUGCAAGCCCUGUCGCGACGCAUCCACUUCGGCAAGUUCGUCGCCGAGUCCAAAUUCCAGUCCGAGACGGACAAGUUCACCCGCCUUAUCCGCGCUGGUGAUAGGGAGGGCAUCGCCGAGGCCAUCACGAACAAGGCGGUCGAGAAGACAGUGCUGGAGCGGCUAAAGCUCAAGGCGCAGACGUACGGGACCGACCCUUCGCUCGGUCGAGUACCUGAUGCAGAGACUUGA